CUCCGUCGAAUUCGCGGCACCCAACCCAGCUCUGCCGAACUGUACUGUCGGUCGCCGCCUCCGCCCGCGCGCGCACAUGGCGACGGGGGGAGGACGGCCCGGGGAUUUAAGUAAGCGAGAAUACCCGGGGAGUCACGCUUCCUCGUCGUCCUCUUCCUCCUCCCCAUCCCUCGCGGUCCGCCGCCGUACAUCACAUGUCCUCCUGCCGCGGCAGCUGAGUAGCUAGCUCAGCUCAGCUGAGAGUGGGGGGAGGGCCGGCGAUAGUGCAAGGGGGCAGCGGCCAUGAGCUGGAGGAGAGGGGGAGGGGACGGGGCCGUGGCCAGGCGGUGGGUGCUCCUGCUCUGCGCCGGGAGCUUCUCCCUCGGCCUGCUCUUCACCUCCGGGAUGUGGACAUUGCCCGAGGCAACCGAGGUUGCCAAGCCAAACGAAACAAGAGGGAAAGAGGCCGAGCUCGCCGCCGUAGACUGUGAUUCUACUAAGGUCGGACGGAAACAUGAUUUCAGAGAUACGCUACAGGCCUUGGACACUCACAACGCUGUACAGACACUGGACAAGACGAUAGCAAAUCUGGAGACAGAGCUUUCGGCUGCAAGGACACUGCAGGAGUCAUUCCUCAACGGCUCUCCGGUUUCGCAAGAGUACAAGGCCUCCGAAUCGUCCGGAAGGCGCAAGUACCUCAUGGUCAUCGGCAUCAACACGGCUUUCAGUAGCCGUAAGAGGAGGGAUUCCAUCCGCAACACCUGGAUGCCACAAGGAGAGAAGAGGAAAAAACUGGAAGAAGAGAAGGGCAUCAUAAUUCGUUUUGUCAUUGGUCACAGUGCUAUUUCAGGUGGAAUUGUGGACAGGGCAAUCGCGGCAGAGGAUAGGAAACAUGGAGACUUCAUGAGGCUUGAUCAUGUGGAAGGAUACCUUGAAUUAUCUGGAAAAACCAAGACAUAUUUUGCGACGGCUGUUGCUUUAUGGGAUGCUAACUUCUAUGUCAAAGUUGAUGAUGAUGUGCAUGUAAAUAUAGCCACCCUUGGGCAGAUUUUGUCCAAACAUAUUUCGAGGCCCAGGGUAUAUACUGGAUGCAUGAAGUCUGGUCCUGUGCUAUCCGACAAGGAAGUCAGAUAUUAUGAACCCGAGCACUGGAAAUUCGGGGAUAAAUAUUUCCGACAUGCCACCGGUCAGCUUUAUGCUAUUUCAAAAGAUUUGGCAACCUACAUCUCCCUAAAUAAGCAUGUGUUGCACAAGUAUGUCAACGAGGAUGUUUCUUUGGGGGCUUGGUUCAUAGGGUUAGAUGUUGAGCAUAUUGAUGACCGUCGACUAUGCUGCGGUACCCCACCAGAUUGCGAGUGGAAAGCCCAGGCGGGGAACACCUGCGCGGCCUCAUUCGACUGGAGAUGCAGCGGCAUAUGCAACACCGUGGAGAACAUCCAGGGAGUGCACAACAAAUGCGGGGAGAGCGAAAAGGCGCUCUGGACCGCUUCUUUCUAAGCGAAAUCCGGGUGAAGUUCAGACUGACGAAGUUGCUCUGCUGUAGUAUAGUAGUCCUGAGUAUGUUGUACAUUGUGCAUGAAACGUGUUCAGUUCAUUCUUGGGCCUGUAGGUAGGUGGUCGGUCAGGCGAUGCCGGCGAAGCGGGCCGUGGUUUUACUCGGAGUCUGCUGGUCGCCGGCUGAGGGGGCGCGUAUAUGGGAUGCUCGAUCUUUUGGGGUGUUUGGGUGGUCUUUUUGUAAGGACCUCAUGUACUCUGUUCAUGGUUAACAAGAUAUAUAAAGCUGUUCUUCAUUCUC